GGUAAAUCCCUCAGUCAUGGACACAAUAGACUUGUCAAAUGCAACGCGCAAAGAAGCUCGUAGAGCCUGUAAUUCUAUCUUUCAAUGGUCCUUUGGUAAAUACAAGAAAGUUCAUGCUUUUGUAGAAUUUGUUACCCGUAUUAACAACAGAGAUAAAAUUAUACUACGGAUUCAAAACCAAAAGAUAUGGAGGAUUGCCUUCUCACUUCAUGGUCUCACAUGGCCCAAAGAUGAGGAGCCUUAUGCAGAUGAAGCAAUUGAACUACUGAGGACAACCAUAUCUCAGAGAUGGGUGGAGGUGGAACUGGAGACUAUUGAUGAAGAUGGACAUUUUGUGGGAUAUUUAUUGGAGUCAAAUACCCAUGUGAUAAUUCCCGUCCUUGAAGCCGGCCUUGCAAAACUUACAAGUGUUUGGCCCUUCAAUUAUGCCUUUAAAGCUGAGGCGUAUGCAAGAGAGAAGAAACUGAAAAUUUGGGAGAAUUAACAUUAAGAGGGCACUGGUGAUAUGGAGGAGAUAUCUAGCUAGCUAGUAUGUGCUGAGAAAUUACAAGAACAUAGAUUUUAGGAAUUGGGAAUUUUUUUAUCCUAUACUUCAUAGUUCUCGUUCGUUGUUGACGGUCAAUCGAUGAAGCUUGUUGCUCUUCCAAUUCUUGAUUAAAAUUAUAUAUUG